CCGGGCGCCUGCAGCCCCUCGCCGACCGCGCUUCCUCGGCCGCUGGGCCCUGCUCCUGUGCAGCCAUGGCGGGGGAGGGAGGCAGAGGGAGAGCGGGCGGGCGGCCCUCGGGCGGUGCCGCGGGGGUCGGGAGCAGCCCGGGCGGGCGGCUCGUCUUCCGGCCGCCCCCGCGAGGGGCCGCCGCGGGCGGGCGGGGUCGCGCCGCGUCUCCCCUUAGCCGCCGCCGUUCCCGUGUUUCCACUCUUAUCCAGUGUGUGUGAGAAUUUCCCGGGGUGUGAGUGUCCUGUCUUCUCCCUAGAGAGCCCACCCACACUGCUUCCCCUCUGCAACCUGUACGCCAUCCCUGAGGGAGGAUGGAAUAUCUCUGAAGGAGCUUCUGCAGUUGUUCUGGCGUGCAGUACUCCGGUGGCUGAUGCUGGCGUGCAGCUGGAACGGCACAGUGGAAUGUUAAUUAGCGUCCUGGGCAUUUGGGUUCCUGGUUGCAGCCCUGGCUGGCAUACGAUACAGCUCAACCACACUGGCACUUCUGACAUAGACCUCCAGGGCUGUGGAUUCCUGUCACUUCAAAUCUUGGGACCUUUGAUUGUGCUCACUGGGUUGUGUUUCUUCGUGAUAGCUCAUGUUAAAAAGAAGCAAAACUUAAAUCUCAACCAAGAAUCCUGUGAAAGUGAAGAACAUCCUCAGAGCCCUGAAUCUUUUCAGGUUACAGUAGGUGAUGCUGUGAUGGUAUUCCCACCCCCACCACCUCCAUAUUUUGCUGACCCUAUGUCACCAACUGUGACUCAUUGUCUUAUGUCAAGUGUUUUGCCUACAAGUGAAAAUCCACCACCAUACCACUCUAUCUUCAGUGAUGGAGCACAGCUUGCUGAUGAUGAAAGAACAGUUGCUGUUAGAGACUAUGAAUCCAUAUAUACUAUUUCUGGAAGCAGCUCACCUUCAGAUAUUUUACCAAUGCUAUACCUUUCUUCUGAAUCACCACCAAAAUAUGAAGAGAAAGCAUCAAUAACAAAUAAUGAACAUUCGCCAUCUUCCUUAUCUUUUUCAUCUGUUUCCUUAGCCACAUCUGACACCAGCUCAUAAAGGACUGACAGUUCACUUAAUUUUUAAUAAAAUGUACACAGAGAUUUA